CGGGAGGGCGGGGCCCGACGUCGGCCGUGCGGGGUCCCGGCAUCGGCGGCGCGCGCGCUCCCUCCUCUCGGAGAGAGGGCUGUGGUAAAAGCCGUCCGGAAAAUGGCCGCCGCCGCCGCCGCCGCGCCGAGCGGAGGAGGAGGAGGAGGCGAGGAGGAGAGACUGGAAGAGAAGUCAGAGGACCAGGACCUCCAGAGCCUGAAGGACAAACCCCUGAAGUUUAAAAAGGUGAAGAAAGAUAAGAAGGAAGACAAGGAAGCCAAGCAUGAGCCCCUGCAGCCCUCAGCGCACCACUCUGCAGAGCCAGCAGAGGCAGGCAAGGCAGAAACGUCAGAGGGCACAGGCUCCGCCCCAGCCGUCCCGGAAGCGUCCGCCUCCCCAAAGCAGCGGCGCUCCAUCAUUCGGGACCGGGGGCCCAUGUAUGAUGACCCCACCCUGCCCGAAGGCUGGACAAGGAAACUUAAGCAAAGGAAGUCUGGCCGCUCAGCUGGGAAGUACGAUGUCUACUUGAUCAAUCCCCAGGGAAAAGCCUUCCGCUCUAAAGUGGAGUUGAUUGCAUACUUUGAAAAGGUAGGCGAUACCUCCCUGGACCCUAACGAUUUUGACUUCACGGUAACUGGGAGAGGGAGCCCCUCUCGGCGAGAGCAGAGACCACCUAAGAAGCCCAAAUCUCCCAAAGCUCCAGGAACUGGCAGAGGCCGGGGACGCCCCAAAGGGAGUGGCUCCGCGAGACCCAAGGCAGCAGCAUCUGAAGGUGUUCAGGUGAAAAGGGUCUUGGAGAAGAGCCCAGGGAAGCUGCUGGUCAAGAUGCCCUUCCAGGCAGCGCCCGGGGGCAAGGCUGAGGGGGGUGGGGCCACCACUUCGGCCCAGGUCAUGGUGAUCAAGCGCCCAGGCCGCAAGCGAAAAGCUGAGGCCGACCCCCAGGCCAUCCCCAAGAAGCGGGGCCGGAAGCCCGGGAGUGUGGUGGCUGCUGCCGCUGCCGAGGCCAAGAAGAAGGCUGUGAAGGAGUCCUCCAUCCGCUCCGUGCAGGAGACCGUGCUCCCCAUCAAGAAGCGCAAGACCCGGGAGACGGUGAGCAUUGAGGUGAAGGAGGUGGUGAAACCGCUGAUCGUGUCCACCCUUGGUGAGAAGAGCGGCAAGGGACUGAAGACCUGCAAGAGCCCCGGGCGGAAAAGCAAAGAGAGCAGCCCCAAGGGGCGCAGCAGCAGCGCCUCAUCACCCCCCAAGAAGGAACACCACCACCACCAUCACCACAUGGAGUCCCCGAAGGCACCCGCGCCACCGCUGCCGCCCCCGCCCCCACCCCUGCCUGAGCCCGAGAGCUCCGAGGACCCUGCCAGCCCCCCCGAGCCCCAGGACUUGAGCGGCAGCAUCUGCAAGGAGGAGAAGAUGCCCCGAGGAGGGGCGCUGGAGAGCGACGGCUGCCCUAAGGAGCCAGCUAAGACUCAGCCCGUGGUCCCCAGCGCCGCCCCAGCCCCGGCUGCAGCCCCGGCCCCAGCCCCGGCCCCAGCCCUGGCCCCGGCCCCGGCCACAGAAAAGUACAAACACCGAGGGGAGGGAGAGCGCAAAGACAUUGUUUCAUCCUCCAUGCCGAGGCCAAACAGAGAGGAGCCUGUGGACAGCCGGACGCCCGUGACCGAGAGAGUUAGCUGACUUUCCUCUGCGCGGCCUGCAAAGCGAACCAACAAGAAUAAAGGCAGCUGUUGUCUCUUCUCCUUAUGGGUAGGGCUCUGACAAAGCUUCCCGAUUAACUGAAAUAAAAAAUAUUUUUUUUUCUUUCAGUAAACUUAGAGUUUCGUGGCUUCAGGGUGGGAGUAGUUGGAGCAUUGGGGAUGUUUUUCUUACCGACAAGCACAGUCAGGUUGAAGACCUAACCAGGGCCAGAAGUAGCUUUGCACUUUUCUAAACUAGGCUCCUUCAACAAGGCUUGCUGCAGAUACUACUGACCAGACAAGCUGUUGACCAGGCACCUCCCCUCCCACCCCUCCGCCCCCACCCAGUCACAGUCGGAUGGACAGCAGUUGAGAGGACACUCUCAUUUGGUGCCAUUGGUGCCCCGCCCACAGCACCCAGUUCCCCCGGCUCCCCCACCUCUGACCGCAGUGGAACAGGGAGGCAGAGCAGAGAGGCCGUCGAAUUCUUUAAAGAAGACGACGGGGGGGGGGGUUAACUCAGUGGCUGCAGCCCACCGUGUCCCACAUGCGGCAGCACAAGCUUAGCCCCAUGCCAGCCCCAACCCAACACUGACGAGGACAUUUCAUGGGACAGGCAAGUGGCACCUAUCUGCUCUGGCCCGGCUCGGAGGAAGCCCUGUACUGCAAGUGCAGACCGACCUGAGCUGCAGGACAGGGUGGCCCGGGAAUAGGCGCGUGGCGCCAGAGAGGGGCCAUAGGGGUGGCAGGACAGUGCGGGCCAGCUGCAGGGCGGGAUGCCUUGGCGCUCCGAGUAGCCUGGCUGGUUGAGAGGGCCUUGGGGACAGGCCAAGGGGCACGGGGAGGAGAGUCUUGAAACUGUUCUUCCAGCCACUUUCCAGUUCUCCUGUAGGGACAGCAUAGAAUUAUUUGCACUAUUGAGUCUUCAUGUUCCCACUUCAAAACAAACAUGCUUCGAAAGCAACUGGGCUUGAACUGGGGACACUCUGUCCCUCAAGCCACCAGAUGCGAGGGUGUUCCGAACUACCUGGAUCUGUAUAUAUAUACCUGCGCUUGUUUUAAAGUGGGCUCAGCACAUAGGGUUCCCACGAAGCUCCGAAACUCUAAGUGUUUGCUGCAAUUUUAUAAGGACUUCCUAAUUGGUUUCUCCUCUGCCCUUCCAUCUCUGCCUUUCAUUCAUUCCUCCCAUCCUCUGUUCUCCCGCCUCCUAGCUCGUCCUCUCCGCAGGCACCCACAAUGCCCACCCACAUGCCAAGCCCACUGGGGUCGGCUCCAACCCCUAGAGCCUCCUGGCUCUUCAGCCCCGCUGCCAACCCCAGCUGCUGUCCUCCCAGCUUCUGAGGGGCAGGUUGAGGGCAGCAUGUCUUGCCCUCUUCCUUGCUGAAAGGAGGCAUGGGGCUUUGCACCCGCCCCAUAGGCCUUCCUUCCUGGGCCCAGGGGAUGCGAGCCAGGGAUGCUGGCCACAUCUGGUAUCCAAGGGCCAGUCUGCCAGAGUCACCAACGAGCCCAACGGGGCUAGUGGCAUGUGGCAGGGCUCCAGGUGAUAAGACCUGACCCAAGACUGGGACUGGGAGUGGGACUGGCACCUGGGCUCAGCCCCCUCUGCUUGUCCUUUCCUCACCCAGUCCUUUCCGGUGGAGUCGUUCGCUUUGCUCGAUGGAGGCGCGUGGGGCCAGGCCACCACCUCCGCCAGUCCACCUGUGAGUGUGGUGUGGGGUGAGAGGCUUGGUCAGUUUCUGUUGGAUCCCAAAGUCCUCACCUCUGUUCAGGAAGUCCUUAUCUAGCUGCAUAUCUUCAUCAUAUUGGUAUAUCCUUUUCUGUGUUUACAGAGAUGUCUCUUAUAUCUAAAUCUGUCCAUCUGAGAAGUACCUUAUCAAAGUAGCAAAUGAGACAGCAGACUUACGCUUCAGAACCACCCCCAGGCACGUCCCGCGUGAGCUGCUGCCACGAACUGUCAAGUGCGUGUUGUCUCGUGUAUUUCAGUUCUCGUCCCGCUUCCUUACUGCGGUGUAAUCAUGAAGGAUGAAACAUCUUAGAAACUGUCUAGCACUUCCGCGCCAGUUUUAGUGAUCAGCACCCUAGUGGACAGUUCCAAUCAGUAGCUUCAGAUAACCCAUGUCUGUCUCCGGGACGGUUGGGAGCGAGGGAGUUCGCCCGUUCUGUUCCGUAGUUGUAGUCAGACUUGAGCCUCUCAGUGUCCCUCUCCCCAUACCAUGCUGCCAGCCUGUCCUGUCCCACUCCUACCAGCCGAUGCCCGUCCAACGGCCCGGCUCCUUUACCCUCUCUGCACUCGUCCUCCGCCUCCCUCCCACCUCCUUCCCAGGAAGGGAGUGUGGUUGGAGGAGGGGACAAGGCCUUCAGCACUCCUCUUCCUCCACGGACAAAGGGCCCUGGUCUCACAGUGGUCUUGCACUCCCAAUACCCCCAGAGGACACCUGCCCAGGCCACAGACAAGAUGUCUGUUGUCCUGGGAGUGGACCGCGGGCCUGGGAAGAGGAGUGUGGGCCCCGGCCGCUGGCUGUUUCGGGUGUCAUUUUCUUUCAGUUUAUCCCCACUCAUAGCCCCCUGCUCCCAGGCUCCCUCCCUUAGGGUUUCCUCUGCGCUCCCUACCCCAUGGAAAGGAAAGUAUCACAUGUCAGUCACCUUUCCUUGGGCAGGGUCCUGCCACUCCGAGACCCCCCCCCUUGGGGUCGGGUUGACAGGAGGUUGGAGGGAAAGCCUUAAGCCACGGGAUUCUCACCAGCUGUGUCCGGCCCAUUUUUAGGGUGUGACCUCGAUUCUGUGUGUGCUUGAGCACUAUGAAGACUGGGGGAGGGCACCUUUCAGUGACUGAAGAAUACGAGAAGAGACUGUCAGCUUUCAGAUACCCGGGGGUGAUGUCAUUAAGGACACACCCACAGUCCCUCCACCCUGUUAGUCGAUAGUUACUACCUCCUCCCCCACAGAACCCGCCUGUCCUCCCUGGUAUGCCCAUGCAUGCUGGUGGCUCUUGUCACAUCCAGUGAAAAGCCGGCCUCCACAGGGUAGUGGGCUGGGUCAUGGCCACAACCUAGCUCCUCUGUGUGGCACUGUAUUCCCGCAUCAGAAGGCACAGGGGACACCUAGACAUGCCACCUGCCCCAGUCCAUCAGUGCCAAACUAGCCAAGGAGCCCAGCCUCUCCGCUUGGGCCGAGGAAAGCUGCCACCUCAAUGUGGGUGCAGAUGAGUCUGCCAGAGGCCGCCAACAUCGGAAGUGGGACCCGGAGCAGCCCCAGCUUGUCAUUACUGUGAUGGUGAUCGCAAGAAAGCAGACGACCAGAAACAAACUGCCACGUUGGGUGGGAAGUUGCCUUAGCCGGCAGGACCUCCAAGGUUUAAGUGACUCUUAAGUGGCUCCAGCCCAUGAAAGGGCCAGAGGGCGUGGACUGAACCCAACGGGGGAAGCCCGGGUGCCGUUGCCCCGUUCCCUGUGAUCAGUUCUAGAGGUGGGCCGGUUCACGUCCACAGCUCCAGGACCAGUGGCCCGGUUCCUGCACCAAUCGGGCUUCGGGCCGCUGCCGCGGGUGAGGGGAAGGGGCCACCGGGUGGGUUGGACACGCCCUGCGCACUCUGUCCGCCUCCCACUCCUCCUCUGUUCUGCUCUCUCAGCCUAUGAACAGCUCUGUUACGAAGGGGUUUGUUGAUUCUCUCCAUUUUGAUGUCUUUCUCUUUUAGAUAUUGUAUCAAUCUUUAGAAAAGGCUUAGGUCUAAUUGUUAUAAAUCGCUAGGAUACUGCCUCCUCCAGGGUCUAAAAUUACAUAUUAAGGGGGGAAAAUUGAACCUUGAGACCAGUUCACAACAAUCGAGAAGGAAAAUCUAGAAAACAUUUGGGAGAAAACUACACUUUGAUGUUUCUGAAUAAGGGCAAGCUUUUGCAAAAAUGCCAGUCCAAAAAUACUCAGCGGCCUGAAAUGUCUGGUGAAUGUGACAGACAUGGGGAACUCCAGUCAGAGGCCUCCUGCACCAGAGGCAUGGAGCAAGGGGCCUCUUGUCAUUGUCACUCCUGGGGUCACUGUCAUCAGGGACACCGCUUCUGAAAGGGAUGGGCGCUAGCAGUGUGAGGCCAGCACUCCUCACCCCGACUCCUCUAGCCUUGGCACGCUCUGCCCCACCCUUGAAGAGCUGCGCUCACCUGGGGCCAGUGGGAGGGAGGACAGGCCUUGCCCACUCCAUCUCUGCUGGGAACAGACUGGAGUCUGAAUGCUGGAGCUGCUGUCUGUCCGGUCCUGCUCAGCAAUGAGCAGAGAUUUGCCAGUCACCUUCUCCCCAGCAGUGUUUGUGUCAAGUGGCAAAGCCGACCUUCCGGGGGACCCUGAUCCUGUCCAGUAACUUAGAGAUUACUCACAGGCCUACUUCGGCUCCUCUGUCCUGGGCUUUUGUUUUGCUUUUGAGUUUUGCUUUUAGUUUUCCUGCCCCUUUUAUUUUAUACACCAACCAGACACACAAAGCAGUUGAAUUUAUAUAUAUAUAGAUAUAUAUAUAUGUAUAUUGCACAAUUAUAAACUCAUUUUGCUUGUGGCUCCACACAAAAAAGACCUGUUAAAAUUAUACCUGUUGCUUAAUUAGAAUAUUUCUGCUAACCAUAGCAUAGGACAAGGGAAAAUAAAGAAAAAAAAAACCAACAAAUCUGUCUGCUGGUCACUUCUUCGGUCCAAGCAGAUCUGUGGUCUUUCCUCCUCCUCAAGGGUUUCCCUGUGCUGAGCAGAGGUGGGGGUAGACAGUUCCCCACAGGAGCACGCAAGUCUCCUGAUCCCCCACCCCGCAGAGUGACCCAAGACUGGGGGCUGGAGGGGAAAGGGGAGUCCACACCAGGUAGAGCGCCAGGGACCCCGGAUCCGUGGGCGACAGUCCGGGGCGUCUCUCCAGGAAGUAUCGGAGACUCCAGCAAUGUACUCUUCUAUCCCCUACCAUGAGUAAUUGCAUUUGCUUUUAUAAUCUUUCAUGAGCAAUAUCUGCUAGAGAGAUUAGCAGUAACAGUUCUUUUUGAUCACUUUUUAGUCAUUUAACACACAUACACACACAGAAAAACCUAGAAUCCAGAAAUGUUCUUCCAAAGCAGAGAGCAUAAUAUAUAAUCACCAGGGCCAGAACCUCACCCCUGCAUCGUGCUGCUGCUGCUGAGGACAGUGUCAAUGGGAUGGGGCAGAAGAUAUGGACCGGGGCAGCCGCUCCCCAUGCUCAGGGUUAGCGGCCACCUGGGAGGGGCGGAGGAAGCAGGCAGCACCCCUGAUGUCCGACCACUGACAGGGGGGCACCCCUGGUGACCUUAGCUCCACCCGGACAGAGCAGGACCACCCUGCUCUACUCCUGGGAGCUGGAUGGUGGGGCUCAAAAGCCACAGACAGCCUACUUGUUCCCCCCACCACGGCCUCCUUUCCAUUUGAUUUCUCAACGCUUCAAUCAAUGACGGCCACCCCAGAGUCAGUAGUCGGAUAUGUGACCAAAUAUCACCAGGACUGUUAUUAACUGUGCCGAGUCCUCCCCGGAGGCCUCCAUGUACCUGGACACUGUAAUGUGUGCUGUGUUCACUCCUCCUCCCUGCCUUCCCACCCUCCCUGUCUUCUGUUUGGGUUUGGUUUGGUUUUUAUUUCUCCUUUUGUGUUCCAAACAUGAGGUUUUCUCUACUGGUCCUCUUAACUGUGGUGUGGAGGCUUCUAUCUGUGUAAUUUUGGUGGGUGAAAGGGACUUUGCUAAGUAAAUCUCUUCUGUGUUUGAACUGAAGUCUGUAUUGUAACCAUGUUUAAAGUAAUUGUUCCAGAGACAAAUGCUUUAGAUACCUUUUCUUUGCAAGCAGAGCAUUCGGAGGGAGGGGGACGGUGACCGGGACGUGAGGGCUGACCCAAGUGAUCACCCCUGCCAGAUGGUCCUGAGCCUGCCCUAGAGGCCCACUCGAGCCAGAACGGGGAAGGCCGGCGGGUGCUGUCUGCAGAGGUUGGGCAGAUGCAGCUUUUGUUCCACACAGUGGGUUCCUUCCAUGCUCCUGCCCCAGUGUUAACAUAGUCAUCUGUGAGUAAAGACAGGAUCCAUGCUCCUUCCAGGGGAGCCUGGAGGGAGGGUGGCCACAGGAGGAGGGGCUAGGUAGACAAGUGGAGGAUGGAUUGGCCACGCCAUGCCUGGGGCACAGCUCCUCCUGGACACAGCCAGGUGGACAAAGGGCAUCCCACGGAGGCACUUGUCACACCCCAUCCUGUUGCUAACGUGACUGCCUGGUUGAUCCAGUGAGCUCCACAUCUGAGCUGACGAACCCCUUCCCUCCCUGUGGCAAGCGGAGCCAUCUCCAUGGACCUCAUCGACCUUAGUAGAUGUCACUGUGGGCUCACCUUCAGGUGAACCCAGCAGGCUGGGAGCAACCUUUGCAUGUGAAGCUUAGUGGCCAGAAGAACCAGGCAGGGUCCCCCCCUCCAAGUCCCAGUCCCGUUCCCCUGUGCCAUCCCGGAGGCUGAGAUCCAUGGGACAGUGCUGCCACCUGACACCAGAGGUGGUCCAUGGGGCCUGGGACAGACUUAGCUGGAGGGGUCUCUAAAAGCCCUCUGUCGCAUUCACUUCAGUUUUUGUGUUUUGGGACAAUUACUUUAGAAAAUAAGUAGGUUGUUUUAAAAAACAAAAUUAUUGAUUGCUUUUUUGUAGUGUUAAAAAAAGGUUCUUUGUGUAUAGCCAAAUGACUGAAAGCACUGAUAUAUUUAAAAACAAAAGGCAAUUUAUUAAGGAAAUUUGUACCAUUUCAGUAAACCUGUCUGAAUGUACCUGUAUACGUUUCAAAAACACCCCCCACUGAAUCCCUGUAACCUAUUUAUUAUAUAAAGAGUUUGCCUUAUAAAUUUACAUAAAAAUGUCCGUUUGUGUCUUUUGUUGUAAAAUCAAGUGAUUUUUUUCAUAAGGUUCUUUUACUAUUUGGAAAGAUGGGCAGCACGCAGUUUUAUUUUAUUUUUGUAAGUUUUUUAACACAUGUGAAGCAAAGAAAACUCAGCAUGCCUUUCUAAGUGACGCGUUUGCACCUUCUGUGGGGAAGUACUGUAUCCUGUGCUGUUAGCAUUCUCGAUAAACCUCUCUGUGAAAGUGA